AUGCUGAACCAAGCUGUUCGAGAAGAAAGGUUCCAUGAUGCAAAGGCCCUAAAAAAUCAACUUGACACCCUUCAUAAUCAAAAUAUGAAGGUAUUGGAACACAAGGUUAUGGACGAAGCUUCCAAGUUAAGGAAUACUUUCAAUGAAGAGCUUAGAAGAGAUAAGCACAAAAGGCUGGAGAAUGAGUUGAGACUGCAUGUUGCCUUGGAGGACUUUGAAAAAGCCAACGAAAUUAAGAUUGCGCUACAGCAGGAAGAAGAAAAGCGCAAAAACAGUAACACGCUCUCUUCAGCUAUUUGGAAAAGACUCGACAAUGUCUGGUUGGACUCUCAACUACAUAACCGGAUCGCACAAGCAAAAAUCAAAGAACAAGAGCAUGAAUUGCAGAAAGCUAUCAUUGCAGAAGAGUUUGAGAAUGCAGCACAGAUACUGGAAGAGUUGAAGAAAGAAACGCAUACCCGAGAAGUUGAACGAAUGUUCUUCGAGCUCAGACGAGGGAUCGUACUGCACAAUUCAGAGUUGGAACGACUUGCUCAUGAUCCGGCAAAGCUUGUUGAGUAUAAGAUGAAGAAUGCUGUAAAUGCCGAAGAGUUUGAGAAGGCUGAUGCAUUGAAAAAAGAAUUGGUCGGGCAUGAAAUCAAAAAAAUGUAUCAUUCACUGUACACUCGAAUCAAGGAGGAAAUCAAAAAAGAUUACGGCAAAGCCAAGGAAAUUUUUGAUCGCAUGAUCACUGCGGACGAGAAGAAACGGUUGGAGGUCCAGAUUGCUCGUGCUGCUGAGAGCAACAGGUGGAAGUCAGUAUCGGACCUAAGAGCGAGAUUGGUGCGACUUUACGUAAACUCCAUCAGCCGGCCAAUUCUUACGACGCUCGGAGUGUCAUUUCGUCCUCCGAGAUUUCGUAUCGGUGACACUGUCAAGCACAAGGGACUAGGAUACAGAGGUGUUGUGAUAGGAUGGGAUGACAAGUGUCUUGCUACGGAGUACUGGAUCAAACAUUACAAGAUAGACCAGCUUUCAAAAGGAAGGACUCAACGUUUUUAUCAUAUCCUUCCGGACACCCGUGAUGUGUCGUUGAUCCAACAGCACCACGAGCAAUUAUGGAUUGCUGACUGCUGCCCUGCGUUCCUUUGUGGAGAAAGCGCUGAUGAUAGAAGUCCAUUUAUGCAAACAGGAUACAUCGCUGAAGAGUGCCUCGGGUUUCAUGACUGCAAGGAGGAGGUUGGCUUACUGUCGUCUUUGUUGAAUCCCUUCAGAUCCUUGAAGUCCACGUCUCCUAUCAAGCAUCCCUUGAUACCUCAUUACUUCUUUUCGUUCAGAAACGGAAGGUUUCGAUCAAACUCAAGACUGAGGCAGCUUUUCUUCUAUCAUAUGCCUGAAUGGCUUCAAGAUGGAAGGCCCGAUGACUCCGGGAAGAAGUAUCAUGGUUAUGACAUCAGCUAGGGGAUCACCGAUUCCAGUAUUUUCAUGCUACCCAAAUUGGACUUCAGCUGCUCUAUCGGUGUGCAGUAAGGCUGCAAUUACCUUCAAUCUCCGAGGCUCGUGCAUGAAACAUACGGUAUUGUGAAACAUACAGUCACGAAACAUACGGUAUUGUGAAACAUACAGUAGUACGGUAGUGCCUGGCAGUUUCUGCCAGAGUGUAAUAAUGCUUUGUAUCAAAAGAGUCAGUACC